GCGAAAAACAUCAUUUUUGCGAUUUUUUUCCAGAAUUCUUGUUCAACAAAAUAAAUUCAAAUGUUUUGCAUGAUAAAAAGCAUCAUUCGAACCACAUUUUGUAUUUUUUUCGUGGAAAAAUAUUGAGAAAUAAGUCGGUGAAGAGGUUUUUUUGAAGACGCUUCUUAAAAAUUAUGAUAUGCGGUGUCCACUGUAUCUCAGCGCAGACUAAUCAAAAGUGAACAAAUGAACACAGCAUAGUUAGAGUAGAAGUUUUUUGUUCAAAGUGAAAACUACGAUUUUUCACGAAGAAAUCCGCCAUUUUGUAGCUGUAAAACCUCCCCAAAGUAACAAACAACGAAAAGAAAAAAAAAAACGUUGGAGUCUGGUUUUUUAUAUGUAGAAAGUGUGCGCAAAAUUUAAAAUUGGUGCAGUAGUUUUAGAAUGACGAUGGACACGGACUUUCAAAACCUGCUUUCGAGGAAAACGCGUCUAAAGUUUGUUGUCUAUAAAAUCAAUGGAAACAAUUUGUUAGGGAUCCCGUAAGACCGAACACUUUAAAAAAAUCAUUUUUUUUAUUUUAAUAAAAAAAUAAAUAAAUUAUAAUGAAACAUUUCAAGAAUGUUUUGUCAAAGUCACACGAAAUAGAAAUCUUGGGUCUGUGCGCCGAGCUCUUGCUUCUUCUCAGAAUGAGAUAGCCAUAGAUAAAGGUCCAUAACUUCCAGAGUUUCAUUCCAAUAGACUUGAAAAUUUCACAGAAUAUUCUUAAAAUGUUUUACUACAACAAAAUGUAAAGAAAAUAGUAAAUGAGUUUCGUUCCAAUAGACUUGAAAAUUUCACAGAAUAUUCUUAAAACGUUUACUACAACAAAAUGUAAAGAAAAUAAUAAAUGAUUUUUCAAAUGUGUUAGAUCCUACCCACCCCUUAAACGAAUAAUUUUAUCGGUGAAACGAUAUUCGAUAAAAUGACUUCCGUUGGACUGCCUUUUGACAAAAUAAUUUUCGGUUGAAUGUCUUCAAAUAUAAACGACCUUCGGUUAAAUGCCUGUCGCAAAAACAACUGCCGACAGAAAGGAUUUCAACGAAAAUUCAUUCGACGAAACUGCUUUCGGUGGACGGUCUUAUGGCCUUUUGUGAAAUACCUCUCGAUAAAACUACAUCCGGUAAAGUGUUUUUCGACGAAACAACUGUCAGAAAAUUAAUUUUCGACGAAACUACUUUCGGUGCAAUGGCUUUCGGCGAAACGUCGUUUAGUGAAUAGCCUUUCAGCGAAACGACGUUCGAGGAAACGGCUUUGGGUAUGGAAAUUUUUCGCUGAAACGAAACGCUGAAAGCGAAUUAAUUUUCGAAAAAAUCUUUUGACGAUAGAGGAAUAGAGAGCUGAAAUGCAUGUCGACAAAACUACUUCCUGUGAAGUCUUUUUCGAUGAAACGAAUUUCGACGAAACAACUGUCAGAAAAUUAAAAUUCGAAGAAAUGAUUGUCGGUGAGAUGUUUUUCAAAGAAACGACGUUCGGUUAAAUGUGGUUUCCAACGACACUUCAUUCGACGGAACGACUUUCGGUGGAACGCCUUUUGACAGAAAAUGAGCUGAAACGGUUUUCGACGAAAUAUCUUCCGACGGAACGACUUUCGGUAAAAUAUCUUACAACAAUCUGACUUCCGGUAAAGUGUCAUUCCACGAAACGAAUUGGCAUUCGUCGAAUAGAGUUUCGGGGAAUUGGCUUCAUGCGAAUCAUUUUAUCGGAUAAACGAUAUUGUGCGAAACGGUUUUCGUUGGAAUUACUUUUGGGCCAAAUGAUUUUCGGAGAAAUGUCUUCUGACAAAAUGACUUUCGGUGGAACGUCUUUUAACAAAAUGGCUUUCGGUAAAAUGUCGGGACGUAUAGCGUAAUGGGUAAGUCGAUACCUUUCACGCAGCCCACCCGGGGUUCGAUUCCCAACCCCGCACAUAGGGUUAAAAAGUAUUUCUGGCCUAGAGAGGCGAAUGACCUUAAGGUCUUAACCAUACAACAUUCAGUAAAACAAAUGUCAGAUAGUUAGCUUUCCACGAAACGGCUUCCGGUGAAAUAGCUGACGGCGAAAUGGCUUUUGGCGAAUUGACCUUCACAGAAUUGGCAUUCAGCGAAACGCCUUUAGAUGAAAUGGUUUUAAGCAAAUCAUUCUAUCGAUGAAACAACUUUUGAUGGCAAGAUUUUCGACUGAACAAUACGCAAUUUUUUAUGUCAUUUGACUUGUCGGACUUUUUAAUUAUUCUAUAAUAUAAUUUUUAAAGCACACUGCUUAAAGGCUGAGGCCAGUAGGUCGCAUAUAACCACGUGUCUCGCUCUGCGUAUUACAUUUCUCUCCAUGCUAUCUCGCAUAUGUACUAAAUGACUCUCGAUGGGCCGGGUGACCAGAAAAGUUUCGAUAUUUUCGGUUACAACUUUUCAUAAAAUGUGUCUGCAUCCAAUAAAGCUACCGCUUGUUUCGCAGCCUUGCUGAGCCGAUUUUAUUUCUCUCUCAUGUUUCGUUACGUUACUAGACAACAUUCACUUCAUUUUUAUCGCGACAACACCUAUGUUGUUAUGCACUAAUCGCAUCUAAAUUAAAUUAUCUAAACAUUGUCAGGAUGGAUUUUUGAUCCAUGCUUAUUCAAUGAACAAGUUGAAAGACGGCGUUUUCAGCUAUGCAAUUCUUCUUUCAGAAAAAAGACUUUCCUGACCGCUAAAGUCGACUAAUUUUCUAAGAGAUUAUCGGUUGGGUUUUUUGCUAUUCGUUACCGUUUCUGAGAAAAUCAGAUUUGAAGCGUGAAAAUAGCCCUCUAAAACGCCCUAAAACACACUGGCCUUAGCCCUUAAGACUUUGGUUGACACACAGCAUUUUAAACAAUUUUUAUAUGCUUUUGUAGCCCGCAACUACAAAUUACCUACUUGAACAAUAUUUUUCUUUUUCAUAUUUGUUUCUCAAGAAAAGAUUUUAGAGAAUGGAAAACCUAAAAAUGAUUUGCUCGAGGUUUACGGUAUAAUGAAUACAUGUGUAUCGAUAGUCGUUUUGUCGAAAUUUUAUUUUGCUGUGAAGACCAUAGGUUUUCUGAAAGAUGUUUCCAUAAUUGGAAGUCAUGCCAGAUUUAUUGAUUCAAGAUCAAAUUGCUUAUUCAUGACGAAUUUCUAGAACGAUGUAUGAAAAAUUGUUUCCCAGAAUUGUGAGCAGCCUUACUGCUUUUUGCAUCUGUUCUUAUUAUUUUAUCAACUCAAAGUUAUCAUUCAACGAUUUCUUUUAGUUUUGUUAAGACGUAGAAUCGUCCUGAGAUUGUUUAAGGUUUUAUCAGUAAACCAACGAGAAAAAAAAAUCAACGUAUACGGUUCGAGACCCGUCACUGUGGUGUAUAUUUUUGGAUUUUUUCAUUUCAUGGUUGUAUUUGUAGGCCUUUUUCCAUUUUUUUUUUGUCGUUAGAAGAAGAUAAUAUCAUUCAACUUUCAAGUUCAAGAUUGUACUUCAAACCUCACUUUUACAUCUUAAAAAAAAAGCAUAGAGCAAACUUUACAACAUCGAGCUAUUUGAUGUUUAUCUUGAAGUUACUUCUCAACAUUUCAACAUGAACCAUCACAUCCAGGGUCAUGACAGUAGACCACGUACAGCAAAACUGUAAACACACCGACCUAGGUGUGGUAAACAACCUGCACUUGGCACCGGUACAUGGCAGUCACAUUCGGAACGGUUUCCCACGUACAGAUUCCACCAUGCAGCCAAUUACUCCCAUCGGAUUAUCAUACUCGAUCGCAAGAAAGUAACAAAACGGGACUCCCUGCUCCAUAUAAAUAUGCAGCAAUCGGUUAGCUUCGCUCACACACCGUUUCAAUUACGUUCUUCGCGCGAUGUUGCUGUCAAUAAUAAUCGCCAUCCUCGCCACCGCAGUCAACGGUCAGCUGAACGAGUCACCAUUCUUCCGAGCCCUGGACAACUGUACUCGCGACCUGACGAUACCGGCGAAACGUUUGGAACAGUACCAGCUUCUGGUGUUUCCGAACGAUCCCGAAACGCACUGUUUGAUUCGUUGCAUACUGGUGGAUCUUCGUGCAUGGCAGGAUCAUACGGGCGUAACGCAUUCGGUCCUCCAGCAGUAUUUCAACCCGCAGGACACUCCGUCUAAUGCGUACCGUCGAGUGCAGAACUGCUUGGCCCAGGUCUCCGUCAACUGUCCAGCCGGCGAUGCAUGCGCUCGUGCUUACUGGUCCUUCAAUUGCUACAAGAAACACUUCGGCAGUUACUUCUUCAGCCGGGAACAGAUCGUUCCAUCGACGGCAGGGCAACGUAGAAAAAACACCCUCCAGUGCGCCGACAAACUGGCAAUUCCUCGUCAGCAAAUUGUGGAGUUCGUUCAUCGCAACCGAAUCGAUCCAAGGUUCGGGUGUUUCAUCCGCUGUACCGGACUGGCGUCCGGGUUGUACGAUGAUCUAACCGGUUUGCUGUUGGAUCGGCUUUACGUGACCCUGGGUGGCCAGGAGCAACGGGAAGUCUUUCUGGAUCGAAUGUAUCGGGCGGUGGAAAGUGCCACUGUGACCACCACGGAACGAUGUGCCGUGGCAGAACAACUGACACGACCUCUCCAGGCGAUGUUGUUUCAUGUGUUCGGACUAACCUAUCGGAAGAGAAUUCCGCUGAGCUAUCAUACGAAAGGGUUGUGUGAUUAAAUAAAAUUAAAAUACAACUCAAGGGAGGUUGUUUUUUUAUUCGUUACAUUCGGUUUAAAAUUUCACACCGAAACCGGCAAUUCGAACCGAUAAGUGGAAAAGCUUUCUCAGUGGUCACCAGUAAUAGUUGCUUUUAAUGCCGAUGACGCGAAAAUUGAUUCCCCACGGGCUAAAUUAAUACAAUAAAGGUGAAAAAAUAUAUUAUUUCGAAUGAGAACCGUAAAUUGACUCCCAACCUACUGCCUCGAACCCAAGCUGGUUUUCGGAAAUUGAAACGUUCUUUAAACAAGUAUGUUUGUGACAACAUUAUGUGAAUGAAGAAUAGAUAGGUCUAUAAUUGAAAAUACCUAGUUGAAGUUGAUGAGGGUCGAAGAUGUUGGUGGGGUUUCGAAUAUUUGCUUAGAAGCACAACACAAUUCAUGCAGAACGGAUGUUCAGUGAGUUUACAGUUAAAGCAAUCUAAGAUCAGUUGUAGCUGGUCUCGCAAAAUCAGCAAACGGUUCCCGACUUGGA